AUGGGAGGAUCACACUCCAAACCGCAAGUGACCAUUAAACUCUCAUACAAGCCAAUCAAUGACCCUAUCACAUAUCCCGAAGAUAGUAAGCUUAUUACUGUCACGAGAUCUUUCUAUCCUACUGGAUCUACACAGGAUUUCUACAGGUACACUCAUAAGUGGGAUGGAAAAUACAGACUUGCAGAGAUACAGGAUGAUACUGGCGUAAAGAUCCAAAGGAUUAAUGAAUACGGUCAAAAUGUUGCAUCAGUUGCAGCUUAUUACUGGAAGCAUGACAAGACAGGUCCUGGUCAGAAGCCUAGUAAGGUUCUCCUAGUUGAAGUGGUACAAAAAGGUGGAAAGAAGUACUCUUAUUAUGCCAAGAAUGCUGCUGGUUAUAGUCCCCCUUGGCAUUCAGUCGUGAAAGAUACUAAUGAAACAUAUAAGGAUGAAUUUCUUGAGACUUAUCUGGACGAACAAAACUGUAAACAUAGCCAUGCAGUCACUAUUGAUCUUACCAAGAGUAAUUCUAAGCAAGGAAAUAGAUACUGUUGUCCUGCUCAUAGCCCUAAGGGUACUAGCGGGAGGAUCUCAGUUGAGGAAGUACAAGUUCGUUGUAGAGAACAUUCUGGCUCUGUUUCAUAUUACAAACACUCUGUUAAUACAUCUGGUGGAGUGAGGGUAGCUGCUAUUAAGUACUAUACUGUUGGUGUUAAAAGAAAGAGAAUAAAUAUUCCUGACCUUAACUUACCCACCAAACAGUCAGUUAGUGUCUCUGUAUUCUACUCCGAUGAUGGUGGUAAGGAUCCAGUGCUCAUCUAUGUAGAAUCUACUGGUGGACAAGAUGUUAAAAGCUGGUACCAGAAAGGUAAUGAUGGUAGUAUAAGUAGUAAUGACAAUGAAGAGUGGACACAAGUAGGUCUCGACAUAACACUGGAUAAGUUAACUAAACCUAUAGACUGUGGUGACAGCAACUUUAUAAAGCUUGUGGAGGUACUACAGAAGGCAGGGUGUAGCGGCUUGCAAGAAUGUGUUAGAACUAUUGAUCCAGCACAUCUUGGACAGAAUGGAGUUCAACAAGAACUGGCACCUGGUCAACCUGGUGCUAGAGGACAUAGCUCUGGUGGUAUACGGGCCAUUUUUCAGAAGAUACUUGAUACCAUUAAAUCUCACCCUGCUGAAAUUGGAGGAGUACUAGGAGGCUUAGCCACAGGUGGAGUUGUCACCGGUGUUACUGUCUGUAAAAUGUUCUCCUUGCCCUUGGUUGUGGUAGAGACUCUCCCCUCUGGAAUCCUCUCUUGUUGGUAUACUGGAAUGCUAGGAUCCUGA